GUGUUGCUAUUGUUGCAGCGGCGAAAGCAUUGUUAUGACUUGACGGUGGCUGUUGCUCGACGUUCGGUGUUUUCCUACCUUCGAUGUGGAAACUGCUUCAGUUUUAUUUGAACAUUCGAUGCGCGCAGUACGUUUUGUGGCAGUCAACGCGACGAAUAUUUUGAAUUUGAUUUAUAGUUGAGAUAUUCUCAAGUGUGUACAUACAUAUACCUUCUAACAGACAACAAUAAAUAGCCAAGAAACCGAAACAUGUAAACGCACAGCCAGUGGGCUAAUUCGGAAACUUUGUAUCAAAUCGAGUGCCGUUUUUGGUUUUUGCUGUUGUUGUUUUCGAAAAAUUUCAAAAUGUUUUGAGCAAAAUAAAUGAAAGUGUCUUCAAAAUGCUGCCCAAGCAUUUGCAGCAAGUUUGUGAGCUAGACUCGAAAGAUUGAAGUGGCAAAGUAAACAAGAUGUGAAAUAUUGAAAACAAAUAAAUAAUAAUAUCUCAAAAUCAAACAUAUUGAAAACUUAAACUAAAAAGUGUGUAAACAAUACAAAAGAGAGUGUGUAAUAUAACUUAAAAGCUCAUAUAACCAAAUUUCAAACGAAACCUUAAGAGUUUUUGCUCAAAAUAAUACGAUACAGAAAUAAGAAUAAUAUAUGUAAAUAGCUAUUACUUUAACUUCGUGUUUCUCACAGCUGUCGCAUUUUCGUUUUGCUGUUGUGUACAAAUGACGUGAAGACAAUCAAACCAAAGGCAAAAAAUCGCGCGUUAAACAAGGCAACAACGGUAAAAACAACGAUUUAGCUCUAAAUAUACCCAAAAGACGCCGGAAUCACCGUAUAGCAACAAAAAGCAAUACAAUAACAACAACAAUAACGGUGCUGGCCAAGUGUUUGCCGGUAUUGAAAUCACCAAUGACUUCAAAGGAGAGCUGCCGAAAGGAAAGUAAUCGAAGUGCAAAUCCACAGUGAGUCGUUACAACGAAAAUGGGAUUUGAAGACGCCAGAGAGGCAGCUGUUAAUUUCGCUCAGCAAAAGCAAAAUGAUGUUCUUAGUACAUGUGUUGCCUAUUUAAUUGCCGCUUCUCGUUGGUCAUUGUCGGUAAUUUGUACGCUGCAUCGGUUCGAGCGCCGAGUGUUUAGCAAAAUCGAAGCUAAUGAACCGUUACCUACAUACUGUAAAUCAAGGGAAACUGUAGCUGUCAGCGUUAAUAACGGUAAUCAAAGCGAUAUCAACAGCGAUAACAACAACAACACAAGCUGUAACUGCAAUAACAACAGUGUGGCUAAUUACAAGAUGCGCUUACAGCAACAACAACAAGAAGAACAACAAAAGCAAUAUCGUCGAAGAGCCAAAAAAAGCAGAAACCAAAAAUUUACAUUAAGGCCACGUAGUGCCCAUCAACAUCCGCCCAAAAAACAUAAAUACCAACUAGUCUUGAAUAACAGUUAAAGUGUUGUUAUUGACAGCUCAAAGUAGUCAACAGUGAAAACAAUAUCAGAAACGAUACAGUAAUUUACCGAAAUAAAUAAAGAUAAGACAACCAAGUAAAGAAGGCAGAGGAGGACAGAUAACAAGCCAAGCGGGCACUUAAAGAGAGCCUGCAAUUAAACAAGCCAAAAAUUAAGAACGAAUAGCAUAGCGAAGGGAAUCCAGCAACAGCAAGGCGUAUUUAACACUUGUGCAGAAGAAAUUACGGCAAAAUGCAGCGUCUGCGUACGACUUUCACGCGCUCGCGCACCCCCACUGGCGCCGAGAUGAAGACCCAAAACAGUCUCGAGGUGCCGAAACAGGUGCGUUCCGCUUCGUUUGAUGAAAUGCAAUUAGAGGCGCAACGCGUUUCGUCUCACCUGCUCAAGCAGCAGUCAUCGUCAUCGACGGAUGAACGUUCGCUGGACACGGGUCUGCUGCAGGUGCCGCAAGCCCCGCACACGCAACGCUCACAUUCCUUCGACUCGGCGGCGGCGUCCGCGGGCAGCGAUGACUCAGGCACAUUCUUGGAAGUGCCACGACGUAGCAAGGCUCGUCGGAGUUCGUCAACGAAAACGCCACCACCUUGCGUGCACUGUAUGUACUUGGAGGAGUAUUUGAAGCAGCAGAAGUCUGAACAGCGUUACAUGGCAGGCGAUCGGCGCGAAUCGAUAACACUGUCAUACGGUUACAGCAGUUCUGACGACGAUACAGACAUAGAUGGUGUAAGUGUCACGGCGGACGAUGAGGUGGUGGAGGAGGAAGAGGACGAUGAGGAGGAUGCCGCUACUGGCGAUGGCACCGAAACUGGUGGUGGCUCAUAUGAAUACGAUGAUGCGGCACUAGAGAUGGACAUCAGACUGGGUGGCUUGAGUACGGGCAGCAGCAUUGAGGAGUCACGUGCACGUCUGCCACGUCAAAUGCGUCGACAUACCAUCGGCAGCUCGGUGACCACAUCGGAAGAUGAAGGACUGGAAGAAUCCGAACAUGAUUCGCCGCACUUUGGUAAUACGUUGCUGCCACCUUUGUCGACGACACCUUGCGGCAUCACAUUUACACUUUCGCCCACAAACGGUGAUUGCCCGCCCUUUCCAUAUGCUCUCCCCAUCGAUCCCGGUUCGCCACCGCCUUCACCAUCCAUUUCGCUGUCCGUGUGCGACAGUCCAAUGAUGGAGUUGCCACCACCACCUCCCAUCUCACCACUGGAACUGUUGCCUCAUUCGCCCAUCUUUGAUUUGCCAUUGCCGCCACCACCCGGUUUUAGCAGCCGGUUGAGCGCAGCGGAUGCAGAUGACGCUGCAGCAGUGCCGCCCUCACCGACCGCCAUGCGUCCACGUCGGCGCUCCAUCUCACGACAAGAAGCGAUUUUCGUGGAGCCAACAGGUAAUUCACUGGAGAACGUGUCACAGGGUGAGGAUAUCAAGUCGUCCGUGGAAGCGGUGGACUCGGUGGAUGAGGCGUCCACAGUGGCUACUUGUGGCUCGCCGACUGCAGCUAAACAUGCGCUGGUUGUACGUGAUAUUUAUCUAACUGUACCUGAUUUGAAGCGCGACCGUGCCGCCUCGGUGGACUCGUGCUUUUCGAAAAUGUCGUCGGCUGGUAAAACGGAGGAGCUGCAGCCCAGCGAGGAUGGCUGUUUCCUCACCGUGCCGAAUAUAAAUGCGACCCGUUCGCGAUCUGUGGACAUUGUGCUGCCGACAGACGAGCAGGCACGCUACAAAGCUCUCGCCAUGACGGGCGCUUGCCGAGAUGGACGUUCUGCGUCGGCGAGUAAUGCCCGACGGCCAAUUCGGAUUGUACCCGACUGGACCGAAAACGCGGUGCAGGGAGAACACUUCUGGAAACCCACGUCGGCGUCCGGCGAUCUUUGCUGCUUGAACGAGGAGUGCAUUAAAAGUGGUCAACGCAUGAAGUGCUCGGCUUGCCAAUUAAUUGCGCAUCAAAAUUGCAUUCCAAUCGUCAAUGAAAAGACUCAAUUAGCGUGUAAGCCGACAUUUCGGGACGUGGGCGUAAGACAAUACCGGGAGCAGUCCACAACGCAUCAUCACUGGGUUCAUCGCAAAAUGGAGAAGGGCAAGUGCAAGCAGUGCGGAAAGGCUGUCCAGGGUAAACUAUUUGGUUCCAAGGAGAUAGUGGCACUGUCCUGCGCCUGGUGUCACGAGGUCUACCACAACAAGGAGUCCUGCUUUAAUCAAGCCAAGAUCGGUGAAGAGUGCACCUUGGGAAAUUACGCGCCAAUUAUCGUGCCACCUUCUUGGAUCGUCAAGUUGCCUACUAAAGGUAAUUUUAAAUCAUCCAUACGAGUAAACAACAAGACCAAUGUGACCAUAGCGAGCAGUAAGAAGAAGGGUGCGAGUAAACGGCAAAAGCAAAAGGAAGAGAAGAAAGAACCGCGCGCUUUCAUCGUGAAGCCCAUACCAUCGCCCGACGUAAUACCUGUGAUUGUGUUCAUCAAUCCCAAAUCGGGCGGCAAUCAAGGUGUCAAGCUGUUGGGUAAAUUCCAACAUCUACUAAACCCUCGACAAGUUUUCGAUUUAACGCAAGGCGGUCCAAAGAUGGGUUUGGAGCUAUUCCGUAAAGCACCUAACUUGCGCGUGCUAGCGUGCGGCGGUGACGGUACUGUUGGUUGGAUACUCUCUGUGCUGGACAUGUUGAACCCACCUAUAACACCGGCGCCAGCUGUUGGUGUGCUGCCCUUAGGUACUGGCAAUGAUCUCGCUCGUGCUCUCGGUUGGGGUGGUGGCUACACCGAUGAGCCGGUCAGUAAGAUAUUACGCGAAAUCGGCAUGUCCCAGUGUGUGCUAAUGGAUCGCUGGCGUUUGAAUGUUACGCCCAACCGUGAGGUGGAAGACGAUAAUGUCAACCGCAGCAAGGACAAUGUUCCGUUAAAUGUGAUCAAUAACUAUUACUCCUUCGGCGUCGAUGCACACAUCGCACUUGAAUUCCACGAGGCGCGCGAAGCUCAUCCCGAGCGUUUCAACUCGCGUCUGCGCAACAAGAUGUACUACGGUCAAAUGGGCGGAAAAGAUCUGAUUUUGCGACAGUAUCGGAAUCUCUCACAGUGGGUGACGCUUGAGUGCGACGGCACGGAUUUCACGGGUAAACUGCGUGACGCCGGCUGUCACGCAGUGCUAUUUCUAAACAUUGGCAGCUAUGGCGGCGGCACCCAUCCCUGGAACGACUCGUUCGGCCAAUCCAAGCCAGCCAUCGAUGACGGCAUGUUAGAGGUGGUCGGUCUGACCACUUACCAGCUGCCCAUGUUGCAGGCCGGCUUGCAUGGCACCUGCAUUUGCCAGUGUCGGUCGGCGCGCAUCGUCACCAAGAAGACUAUCCCGAUGCAGGUGGACGGCGAGGCGUGCCGCGUUAAGCCAUCAAUUAUCGAAAUGAGUUUGUUGAACAAGGCGGUUAUGCUGGCCAAACGCAAACACGGACGCGGCGAUGUACAAGUGAACCCAUUGGAGAAGCUACAUUUAACAAUUUUGCGCAUAACGAUGCAACAAUACGAGCAAUAUCACUACGACAAAGACAUGUUGCGCAAAUUGGCCAAUAAAUUGGGCAAAAUGGAGAUCGAGUCACAGUGCGAUUUGGAGCAGGUUCGCAACAUGCUCAAUGCGAAAUUCGAGGAAUCGAUCACAUACCCGAAGGUUUCGCAGGAUUGGUGCUUCAUCGAUUCCUGCACUGCGGAGCACUACUUUCGCAUCGAUCGCGCUCAAGAGCAUCUGCACUACAUUUGUGAUAUCGCCAUCGACGAGUUGUACAUUCUGGACCACGAAGCUGCCACCAUGCCGCAGACGCCUGACCAGGAGCGCUCCUUCUCCGCUUACUCACAGCGGAUUGGCGCACAAAAUGAGCGCCGCAAUAUGGAUCAACAAGGCCGCUCCGGCAGCACCGACGAUGAUUUGCAAAUCGGAAAACCCAUCAAAGUUAUGAAAUGGAAGAGCAAUAAAGAUCGCUUAUUCAGUUUCAACGAAGACGUCUUCGGUUACGGAUUCAGCUCUAUACUGGAACAAACUUCCGAUGCCAUACUACUAGCGGCGCACCAAGGCGACCUCAAUACGUUACGUGCACUACAUGAACAAGGAUACUCACUACAAUCAGUAAACAAGAACGGACAGACAGCACUGCAUUUCGCCUGCAAAUACAAUCACAAGGACAUCGUCAGAUACAUAAUAUCGUGUGCCUCGCGACGUCUGAUCAACUUGGCAGACAAAGAUAGGGGGCAAACAGCACUACACAUUGCUGCCGAGCAAAAUCGGCGCGACAUUUGUGUAAUGCUCGUGGCUGCCGGCGCCAAUCUACAAGCUCGCGACCUAUGCGGCAAUACACCGAUGAUGGUGGCCUUCAAUAAGAAUUCUACGGAGAUUGCAACGUAUUUGGAAAGUAAGACGCUUUGUGCUGCGAUACACACAACAACCGUUUUGCCAAAAAAGCGCAAUAAACAACAACAACAAAAACCGUAAUGCGCAGCUAUGCAGUAGAUGAAGCCGCUAGACAGCCGAACACUCACACACUUAGAAAUAGUAACUUCCCCAACCGCUUAGCCACGAUUUAAUCGCGGGAAAUGUAGUAGUUUGCAAUCAAAAAAAGUCAAGAACAAAAAAAUUGCACUGAUUGAAUUUAUAAUAGGCUUAGAAUUAUCAAAUACAUAUGUACAUACAUAUUUGUAAGUUGGUUUGUGUGAAUCGUUUUGCUAUCGUAAGAGUUUUAAGUUGAAUAUAAUUUCCAGUUUAUUUCCGUACUUUACUUCAUUUAGCAUUAAACAAGACAACCCUGAAUUUCUCAUUGUUAACGCUUGAAUUCAUCAAUUUGUGUUUAAUGUAAUUAUGUAACGAUUUCUUUGCGAAAUGUCGGGAGUAAUCAUUAUCAAAACUACUCGUAUAUAUAAUUUUAGUCACUCACACUUUACUAAUUAACUUAAAUAUUUCCUUUUUUUAUCCGCAAACGCAAACGAUUGCUAAUGAUGCACAUACAUUUUAAAUUAAAUGAAACGAAAAUGAAAAUGAAAACAUCAAAUGUGACAACCAAACAUUCCAUUUACGUAAAUUAAGGUCAAGAGCGUUUUCUUGUAAUGCAGAGACAGUCGCGAAAUUAAAGCGGCGCCUGAAUGUAUGCACCAAUAAAGAUUAAGAGAAAAUCCGUGAAAUUUAGUAUGCUAAAAUUAAAUUUAAGUAUUUAACAAUAUAUUUACCUUUAACAAAUAAGUAUUAUAAAAAAUGCAAGUCUCUUUGAACGGGACAAUUUAUGCUUAAAAACAUGUAGUAAAACACAUUUAUAUUACGAUAAUACAUUUUAAUUAUUUAUUAGAUAGAUUUAUGGUCGAGUUUCUCGAGUGUUUACAAAAAAUUCAACUAAUAAUUAAUAUGACUCAAUUAAUUUUAAAUAAGUUUUGCAUAAAUAACACCUGUACCGUCUAUCGACAAAGCCUCACACACAUAAAUCACGACAAGUAUUUGAAUUCAGUUUGAAGUAGGAAUGCAAUUCAAGAAUCACGCCUACUGUAAAUUAUGUGUUUCGAACUAACAACAACUUAAGACAUAAAACAAAUUGCAAGCAAGUGGAAAAAUAGAAAUAAAAACUGCAAAAAUUUGAAAUUGUAAAUAAUAAACCACAAGUAGGUUAUCCGCAACACACGUUUGAGAUAGAUGCAAGCUUUUUGAAGCAACAAUACCAUUAAAAAAAAAAAAUAACUCGAAACGAACGAAGAAGAAAACCAAUUGUGAUAUGAGAAUUAUUAUGGAUAUUCUGCGUACGUAAAAAAAUGGGUAUAAAACUGAAAUGACCAAGUUAGAGUCAGUUAUUUUGGUGACAAUGGAAAAAUUUAAUAAAACAUGCAUAAUUUAAUAAAUUAGCUUAUAAAACUCAUAUUACUUCUAGAAGAAAAUCGAAUACACUUGUAGUUACUAUAAGAUGAAAUUAAGACGUCAACAUUUAAAUUAUAAACUGUAGCCUUAAACACUUAAACACACACACACUCACAUUGAUAUUCUAAUGUAAAUAUUCAUGUAAAUAAGUAAUACUCAACGAACUGUAAGCCAAAAUGCUGUAAGAACACACUUUCGUUUCGAAUUUCAAUUGCUUUUAUGAACAUGAAUUCAAAAUAAAUGCAAACCAAAUACACAGA